UAUCCACUAUAACCUUAUUUUUAUGUUUAUUAUUAUUUCUAGUUUUUCAUUCAAAAAUUCAAAAUAAGAUGAUACGCAACUAUUUAUUUAUUUGGAUCGUUCUCACAUUUUCAUUACACUCUAGGGCAGGACAAAAUGCCGAUGGUAAAAUAUAUAAUAUAAUUGCUAUCCGGAUGAAUUUCCAUUAUCUUUCUUUUUCAGUCCAUGAAUUAAUACCCGGAGAAACAUUAAUAAUUCAUAGUAAGUCGUCUGAAUUCCACAUAUUAUGUUAUAAAGGACAACCAAAGAGUAUUAUGAAUAUUUGGCAGAGCGUUGUGUUCAACUUGAAACACGAUGGCGAUGAUUUUUCAGUCUAUGAGGGAUCUAGCCCGGAAGAAGUGGAAAAAGAAUAUUUGAAGAAACAUUCAUUCUGGUCUUUCAACAUUUUUUCUUCGAAUCAUGGAACUAUCAAACUUCAUCCAUUCGUUAACAGUUGUAUUGGAGUUGAAAAUAGUAAGAAUUAUUCGGCCGGCGUUACUCUUAUACUUAUUGAUUUCUGGAAAGUACUUCUGUUGCUGACAGGAGUGUCCAUAUUUGUGACAGCAGAUAAGAUGAGCCGAAAUAAUGUAUUUCAAUAUAUGUGUGGAGUAGCAAUAGGAGUAUGUGCAUCGGUUUUAAUAUUGGUAUAUUUCAUUGGGAAAAUAUUCCCAAGGAAUACCUUCAUGUAUGGAGUUCUUGGAUGUGGUUGGACUAUAGCCGUUUAUGUGUUACAGUUACUGUGGGAAAACUUACAAAGUAUUUUUACGUCCUACAAGUUGUAUCUUGUAUGGUAUAUUGUGGCAACAAGUUUAGUUAGUUUUGCUGUUUGCUACAUAUGGGGACCAGUGAAGAAUCCAAGGACAUUGAAUUUGGUGAGGUGGUCAUUACAGAUAGCAGGUCUGAGUUGUGUAUUUAAUAGUAGCCAGUGUCGCGAGGCAUCUGUGGGCCAAAUAAUAUUGCUACUAAUUGGAUAUAACUUAUCAAGCAGUUGGCUGUUGUUUCCUAAAGUAUAUUGGAGGCGAAAAUUUCCACCAAAGAUCAAGUUGCUUAGCGAUGAAGAGUAUUAUCAACAAGGAGUCAGAGAAACGUCAAAAGCGCUUGACGAGUUGAGGAGCUAUUGCUUGAGUCCAGACUGUAAUCAGUGGAAAACUAUUCAGAAACUGCGUGACAUUAAAAGGUUUGCAGCUUUCGUCGAAGGUAGUUCCCACUUGAGUGAUCAAGAAAUUCUUGAAUAUGAAACAUCAGUUCAAGAAGAUUUGACAGAUGACAACAGCGAUAUGUUUUCUGAAGAAGAAUCGUAGACUUUCCUGAACAUACUCAAUUGUGAAUUUUUAUAUUUUCACCAUUAAAUGAUUGCCCUAAAUUAAAGUGAAUUUCAAACUUA